CUUUGGUAUCCAUCCACAACAAGCUCCUCAUACAUAUUUCUCUUUUCAUCCACAUCUCUUGUGCCCCACACUUCCUCUAUGCCCGCCUAUUACAUCGAGGUUUUGGAUAACCUCCAGGUCGUCGACAUAUACGCAGAAUCCAUGUCCCCCGAUGCAAAUGGAGCGCCGCGUCUGGUGGCUGAGGAUCAGAUUCAGAUCGACAAAGACACAAUACUUCUGCCAACGCCGACACCAAGACCAGUGACCAAAUCGACCAAUCCUGGCUGGGUUCGAAUCCGGGCGCCCAUAGCGCAUGCCAGCAGAAAGGAGAGGCUAGAAAGCACGCCCCAGCUGAUAACCGUGAUACAGCGCCCGGUCACAUCCAGCACCAUCAAGGGGUUCAACGAAAUCUGCUGCCAGGCAUGCGGCGCGCGGCUGCUCAGCGACACAUUUAAAAGCCGCGGACACGAGCUGAGCAUUCGCGAUCUCCCCUCAGCGUACUGGGGUGAGUUGGUUGACUGCUGGGUGUGCCAUCCUGAGGAGGACAGUCUGAAUGUCAACGCCGAUCUGCUUUUCUCGUUCGAGCCAGAUAAGUGCAAGAGCCAGCAGCAGCAGCAGCAGCAGAGUCCCGAUGAACAAUCAGUCCCGACCGUAGACGUAUGGAUCGGCGAUAUUUAUGUGCUGGUCUCUGCAUCACUGUGCGAGGAUCUUCCGACUCGGCUGGUCCACAUUGACGCAAAGGAGCGCUUUGUUAACGCAUAUACGGAGUUGCAUUGCAACGCGUGCAACCAGGUUGUGGGCGAGACCGGAUGCAUGGGUCGCAGGCGAGUGAACAAGCUAUAUCUGCACCGAGUGCGUAUAGAUACACCAGGCGAGAGAGUGGACCAAACUGCAGACAAACACACAUCUACAGCAACUUCAGUCAGCCUGAGCCAGGUCUGCUGCAGCGAGUUUCUGGGCCAUUCCGGCGCACACGCUGUCUACAAGUUUGUUGUCGAGGGCCGUAAGUCUUGCAAGCCAGCCAUUCUCAUCCACGUUGUUGGCUGGAAUGCCGAACUGCAAGCGGCGAGUGGCACAGACUAUUCGGCUGCCGACAGCAGUUUGUUUUCCCGGUGCGUCAAGGUGCUCUACACAAAAUUCGGCGACAGCAAUUUUGAUGAUAUGGCAAGCCAAUGGCUUGCGGACGAUGGAGCCGAGCUCAUUUCUUUGCUUGACGAGGACUGUAUUUCGCUAGUCGAAAUCCUAGACAGAAACAUGCUUUUAAUCCCCCCACAGCUACGCGCAAUGUCAAACAUGAAGCGCAGUUUUUUGCACAUGUGAAACCAGCAAGGCUACAAAUAUACAUAUAUGCAUGUAUAUUUCUUUUGUAUAUCAAAAUAUAUUCAUUGUUCAAUUUUUA